UGCACUGUUUGAAUUAUUGAAUCAGGAAUAAAUUGUAACGAAAAGAAGGGGGCGGUCAGCAAACGGAUCCGAUAACGUGUGUUAUUGAUGUAUUUGAAAUGAAUACAUUACUAUGUACGCGCUUCAACGAAACAGGUGGUGAUGCUGAACAGUUCAUCUGAAGGAACCAGCCAAAAUGGAUAUGUGAAAAAAUCACCAUUUGCAUUUAUUUCAAAUUUAUUUAAAAGAAAGAAAAAUCGUGGUUCAAGAAAUGAUGUGAAGUUCAAGGACUGUGCUUUUGGGGCAAUGGAAGGUGGAUCAGGAUGUCCAUCAACUUCCCCAAAGUACAAAAAUACUAACUAUGUACCAAGAGUACCAUCAACCCUCUCUGUAAACGCUGUGGAUGUCAUGGUACAAACAACAUGCUGCCCCUCUUCACCAACUGUUUCCACAAUCACUCUUACCCCUGGUCGUACAAGGGAUAUAGACCAAGACAUGGCUGCCCUCAGGCUAUCUCGACAAGAUAAUCCUUUCUUACAGGUACUUGCCAGCAGAGAAAGUUUGGUGGAUAGUGUAGAAGAAUCAGAAUCUGAUGAUGCUAACUUAAUGUCACAGGAGUUUCCAGCAGACUUGGAUGUAGAUCCUCUAACAUUGCCAGAAAUUCAUGAACACAUGAUACGUAGCCCUCCACCAGUGUCCUGGCCAAAGUCACCAAAUUUUAAAGUCUUUCGCUUCCCCUUGCAGUCAAGUGAUGAUGAAUCUAGUCAGGACAGUUUAACACACAAUGGGAAGAAAACUCCAUUGAAGUUGAUCUCACCUCGUCAUUCAAGGGGGCAUUCAAGUGAUUGCCUCAAAGAAUUGUCUGCAGAAGCACUAAGUUCCUGUCAAGUUCCGACUCCAACUAAGUUGGGAUCUUCACCUCAUCAACACCGUUCCUCCAGUGAAACACGUGAACGUAGCCCAAAACCUUUCCUGUUGCUCAAUCCUGAAGUGCGUCGGUUGAGUACAAGAAGCUCUGAUGACAAUGUUCAACUAGUUUCAAAGAAUGACGAGUAUGAAAGACGCUCUGAUAUGGACAUAACCUCUAAUUUACCGCUCCUAUUAGCAAAGCGAUCAUCAUAAUGUUACAAGAGCAUCAUAUGUUCAUUAAUUAGAAUAGUUUCAAUACCCACUAGUCAUUAAUCGAAUAAUCGAAGCCCAUUCUCUGAUACACUGAUUUGCAUUGACAUUUUGUUAAUGUUUUCUGUAAUUAAUGUACGUAUUUUAUAUUGUACCUGUGAGUAAUUAUUCACCAAAAUGUGACCAUUUACUAUGAACAGUUGUGUUAUCUUACCUUAGGAUCUUGUUGCAUAAGUGUGCUCCCUCUUUUUGUUUUUAAUAUGUAAUUACUAUAUAGGUAGUUUCUUUAUCAUUGUUAGUGAUCUCAAUAUUUAUAAAAGAUAGUGAACAAAAUACCAAUGAAUGAGCAUCUGAACGAUGUGCUCCACUGUGUUGGAUUCUAGUCAUAUAUUACAUGACUGUAUGUUUCCUAAAACCAAAACUAUAUUCACAGUCAUAUUUGAACCACCCUCAAAAUUUACAUAAUUAUUUCAUGAUCUGGGGAAGGGGGGUGGUGGAAAGAAUUAAGAGACUGUAUAUUUAUACUUAAUACAGUUUUAAGGACAGUUUGUAUUGAAGUAUUCGUUAAUUUCUUUUUUAAGACAGUUGUUAGUUGUAUCAUUUACUUAGAACCACUAUAUUUUUUUUGGAAUGUGGAAUAAUGUUGGAUUACAUUUCCUGUUCAAGGUGUGUUACAGUUGUCACACACACAUCAUUAUUAUUAUUAUUUCAUCUGUGGUACAUUUGUACUCUGAUUUUUCCUUUUCUUCUCUCACUUUGUACUUUAUAUAAUUCAUUUGUUCAGAUACUGAGAAUACAAAUGAAGCACUGCUAUUCUUCUCUGUUGCUGUACCAGUGUUCCACACCACCAAAUUUGUUACUUUAUCCAUUAAUCUCGCACCUCACUUUUCCUAUUUUUAAUGUAAUCACAUAUACAUACUUUUUUAAAAUUUUAGUCUUCCUUCAUAAAAUACUUUAGUUAUCUUUGACCUGAGUGUGGAUGUGUGUACUAAGACUCAUUAUUUAGUUUCAUUUUACUUCUUUAAAAAUGGUAUUGGAGCUUUUGUUAAUCUGAAACUGUGCAGAAUCUUUGACCUACAAGUUGCCACGUCAACAAAAAUUCCAUUCCUCCCAUCAUGUGUCAGUGACUCCCAAUAGCUUUCCUUAUCGCCAUUUUGUCCUUCAUUGUUGAAGCUAUUUGCCAAGUGUGUAUUCCAGAUUUAUUUUUGUGAUUAAAAUAAUAUGUGAAUCAUGAGCUUUGUUGAAAAUUGAGUUAGGUGGUAUGAUAGCAUCAGAUUAAGCUUAUUGUCCUGAAAGCUUCAAAAUAUCACCAUACUUUGCUUGAUUCCAAAUAGUUUGUUGUUGGCUUAACUAAUUUUCAACCUACAUCCUAUGUCACAUACACCCCGCACAGUAACUAAUAUACUAGGAGAAAAAUGUUGAAUUGUAUGCUCACUUGUUCAGUCAUGUUAAAGUUAGAUGGGUAGGUAGAAUCACUUAAACUGGAGCUGAAGGAAUAUUUGUGAAUUACUAUAAUUGAGAAUGUAUGGUUAUACUUGACAGCACAAAACGGCCAGCAGGAAGUGUGGUCAUCAGAAAAAUGUGAUCCUAGAGAUUAAUAAUAAUUAAGAACAUUGACUUAUAAGAUGUAUAGUUCACAGAAGCUCACAGUGAUUCAGCAAGGAACCUGGGAUUCUGGAAAUGUGAAAUUAUUGCAUGUUUCAUGUGUUGUUGUUGAAUUAAUUUGGAUUUUAAAUUUGUCAUAUUGUGUGGUAAUGGGCUUGCAAUGUUCCAAAGGGGAAAGGUUCAUUAUUGGCUGUUCUUAUAGAUUGUUCAAAACUGUUAAGAACCAAUUGUUAAGCAAAGCCCUUGUUUCUGUGAAAUGUUUGUUUUAGUUUCAUUCAAAGCAGGAUUCAAUUUCAGAUCUGCUCUGGAAAAGUUUCUGUUUGUUCUUAAUUGGUUGUGACAAAUUGUUUAUGGCCUUUGCAUUUUGUAUGCCAUAUUAUUUCUCUCCUGUUUUCAGUUUCAAAUGAUAAUUUGAGCAGAGACACAUUUUUGAGAUAUUGAAACAUGUUACUGUGAAAAUAUUUUUUUGAAAAUUGCCAGUGAUGUUUGAAUUGCAACAUCUUCACAGUUUGUAGUAGAUUUUAAGGAAUAGUAGUGCCUUCUGAAAGCUGCUUAUACGAAAUAUUUGGAGCUUAGCAACAACUAUUCUCUGUAUUACAGCAUGUUAUUUACAGAACUGAUAUUCAGUGUGUGUGUAUGUUCACAAUAAAACAUAAAUUCAGAUUUAUUACUCCUAAGAUAAAUCAGUGCUGGCUACAUUUAGAGAUUUACUGGUUUUUGAGAUAGUAUAUAAAAGUUAUCUGUGGAUUACAAUACUGAAGAUUCCAUAAAUUCAGUUGUUAGACCUGUUGAAUCUCAGAAAGAUAUAAAAUGUAACUUGAGAAGUGUUUGAGGUGAGGUGUCAGUGACAAAAUUUCACUCUUUAUGGAAACUCUAGAUUUUUAAAGGGUUUUGAAAUGGGGGAUGCUUGUUCAUAUAUUAUAUGGAUGUUUGUAGGGUACAUAGUUUAGUACAAGCUAUUCAGUAAUCAGUCAUUACAAGCAGAAGAUUGGUGUUAAUACUUAUUACAGUGUUAAAAAAAUUUAGCUUAUGCAGCUCAUAACAGUCCAUGUUUUUACCAGUACGAGAUCAGGUGACUUCCAUUAUAUUUCCAUUGUGGUUUGUACCCUUUAUGCUUGGGAUAAGGAAGGAUCAUCUGUGCGAGAACUGAAUUACCCCCCUUGAUACUUUAGCAGGAAAUGGAUUCCAUUGAUGCUUUUUAAGAGAGUGAAGUUCAGUUACUGGUAGAUUGUCAGGGUACCAUUUCCUUUCAUGGUGUGCUUAGGAUUUGCAUUUAAUCAGGCACCCUUUCCUCCCUUUUCCUUGUCUCUCUCUCUACUUUAUUCAUGAGUACAGUGGCCUACAUGUCUCUUUCAGGAAGAAAAAUUUGUGUUUUUUUAUUAUCGUUUAUCCUCAAUAAUGGAAAUCAUUGUAGCAGAAGUAACUUAAAAAUGAUUAUGUGAGGCUGGCCUGGACUUCUGUGUUUUUGUCAGCUAUGGAAUUGAGUUACUUUGUAAGUAAGAGCAGACAUGGCUGGCUGUUGAAGGCAUAUAAUACACCUUCCUCUGUGUGUACUGUCUGGAAGUAAUAAUCACAGCUUCCUUCCUUCUCCAAAGUGUAUUACAAGGCUGUUACUUCUUUUUCUCAAGAUUCAACUGCUAUUGUCUCUUCAGAAAUUAUAAGUGAGAGAAUUUCAUUAUAGUUUUUCAGUGCCUGGCGAAACUGCCAAAAAAAAAAAAAAAAAGAAAAGUCCUGUAGCUUGUUGUUUUUCAGUGUCAGUGAUGUCUUUUUAAAAAGGCAACUAGCAGAAGUUGCUUUCAGUUAGCACACAGAGUUUGCAUUUAAUUUUAUUAAAUAAAGAAGUUUUUAUAUUUUUAUGAAGUGUGUUAAUGUUACAGUUUAGAAUUUACAAAUUCUGAAUGGGUGCUAUUAUAAAAUGUAAUAAUUAAAUUAAUCUUUUCAGUGAAAAACAUACUAAGAAAGGAAGCAUAACUAGAAGUUCAGCAACUUUAUUAUGGUGGCAUGUGUACAGAAUUACAUGCUUUCAUCUUAUAGAAUGUAUAACAAAGAAAACAUUUAAUAUUUAGAAUAAUGACUUUUUUAUUAGUUUUUGAGGUAAUAUUAUUGCCUCCAGCAUUUUAUAAGGAAGAAGUGUUGAACUGUGUGCUUCCCUUUUCCCUUAUGAUAUCGUCUUUGUGAAUGUCCUGGGUGUCCAUUGCAUUCCAAGCUGUAAUGUGCUGAGAAUGAUUUUAGUUGGGUGAGAUUAUCUGUUUUAUUAAUUUUUUAUUUUUUUUAUGUGUAAUAAACUGGCAUCAGAUGAUAUACUUUCUCUUUAACAAUAUGAGAGUGAAAUGUGAUAUUUUUUCUGAUAUGGAUGGUAAAGUUCUUCUGUCUACAAAUAUUAAUCUGAAACUAGUUGUAAAACAGAAGGUAAAGACAAAUCUAAUACCUGUGGUGCUCCAUUAGUUUUGGAUUUGGUAUGCUUCUCAGUGUAGUAUUUGUGAAGUGGUGAAGGAGCUGCAAAUCAUAAAUUAUUAUAGGUUGUUACUAUUUAAUGAACAGCUCUUACAUUGUAAGUUUCUAUGCUAUAUGUUUCUGUGUACAGACUUCAGAGAUAUUAUUUAUCUGUUGAGUUGUUUGUCAUGUGAUUUGUUGCUUGGAGUGUGUGUGUCUGAAAUGCUGCAGUCAAACUUUUAUAGAACUAGAUUGAGAAGAGUGUUUUUUCCUGUGAUAAAAAAGUAAGAAAAUUAUUUUGUGGAUAAUUACUAAAUGAGUGUCUUUACUUCUUCAACUUCAAGUGGUACUGUUGUGCUGAUUUUAUAAACACUUUGACAAGAGUGUUAAAUUAUGCAUUGUUGAAUAAUGUUUAAUACUCACAUGUUUAAAAAAAUAUUUGCCAAAAUUCUCCAAAGGGAGAAAGGAUGCAAAAUGUUUGUUUCAGAUUCUUGUACUGUACAGUUUCAAUGAUGUAUUAUCAAUGUAUAAUAAUGCAGUACAAACUUAUUAUGAUUUUGUUAGAGCACAAAACAAGAUUGCUGAAUAAAUGCUUCCAAAUAUUCUACAAUAAAAGUCCACAAAUAUUUGUGUGUUGUUGCACUAUAAUCGGAGUGUCAAAUUGAUUUGAUAUGCGCACAUCAACCCUCC